UUGCAAAAGGACAUUAUCCGAGCUGCUGAAGCCUUUGCAACCGUAGGGCACAAACAUGUUGAGAUAGGUGAUUCUGUAAUGCCAUUUUUUCUCAUUAACACAAUUUUCAUCUGGAAAUUUAUCAUUGUAAUUGUUUGUCCGGUUUAUGAACUGCAGAAACAAUGUUGUAUAGUUGCAAUUAUGUCAUUUUUUUUUUCUCAAUAAGGGACAACACUGUCUGAGGAUUGUUACAAAUAUGGAGGAGAGAACCAAGCUAGCGAGACAAUUCUAGCCAAAGCAGCAGCUUUAUAUGGUGGUGCACUAAAAGAUGUUGAGAAAGAGCAUGAAGAUUUCAACACAUUUUUAUCUUCACAGAUUAUGGACCCAUUGAGAACAAUGGUUACUGAUGGCACUCUGGAAAAUGCACAAAAUCUUGCUCAACAGUACAACCGCGUGAGACAUGAAGCUGAGACCCUGGCAGCAGAAGUUUCAAAAAGGCAAUCUCGAGUAAGAGGAACUUCCAUUCUUGAAAACACUGCAAAAGUUCAAUCAUCUGAAGCUAAAAUGUAUGAACUCAAAGCAAACAUGACACUGCUAGGAAAGGAAGCUGCCACUGUUCUAGUUGCUGUUGAAUCACAACAACAAAGACAGUCAACUCAGCGCCUUGCUAGUUUGGUGGAGGCAGAAAAAUUGUUCCAUUUAAGACUAGCUGCUAUACUUGAUGAUGUUGAAGCUGAGAUGAUCACUGAAAAGCAGAGAAAAGUGUCUGCUCUUCCUUCUGCUCCAUUCCAUAAAUGCUCUGAGAAAACCUUAUACUUUCUUGCUGAGGUAAGUUAAAUAGAAGAUUGGUGGGGAUCUUUUGGAAGAUAAAAUUUCUAUUCAUAAAAUGGAACAUGUUUCAGGCUA